AUGAAAUGCUCCGAGGAAACAAGAUCCAACUCAAAGGUGCCCGGAAAAUUGAGUGCUGUUGGCUUUUUCCAAAAUUCUCAUGUUCCAAUGCUGCAUCGAACAAGUAAUCAAAUUCGCUUCCGCUACCUCUCCGAGUUGGGUAUCCGGCCCUCAUCAGAGAAUGGAAGAAGAAGACCAAGUAUCGCCAGCAACAACAAGCCUGUGAGUGGACGCCGACAAGUGAGGUUUGACGAUACAAUCUCCAAUGUAGAGGUGCCCCCUUUUCCAGUGCCCGUCGCCACCAACGAGCUCUGGUACAGUGCCGCAGAACUCCAAGAGGCUGCCGAACGAAAUGUCGUGGAACAAAUGUUUGAGGAUUGCCAGGAAGAAGACUUGAGUGCCUCCUCCAGCCAUCAAUCAUCUCCCACGCCUAGCUACCAGAGUAUUCCUGAUGCCUAUGAUGCCACCGCAAGAAGGAUCCAGGAGCUCAGUCGGCUGAAUAGACCCCUUGCUAUCCGGAACGCUUGCUUGAGACCUCCCGGAAGACCGGAUCUGGUGUACAUGAUGUCGCUACAACACGUGUAG